UCACCUCCUCAUCUUCAUUCUUCCAAUCCCCGCCGACGAUCGAGCAAACCACUCUGCUCCGCUCCAUCGUCGCCUUCCGCUCGCUCAUCCUUCUCCAGGUCAGGAAGAGGAUCGUCCAGUGAGCCUGCUGGGUGGGAAAUAGCCGCACCGUAGCAUGGAUAUUCAACUCCAUGAGAUCGAAGUUAUCACAAACAAAUUUGCCAAGGAACAGAAAGUCGGCAGCGGUGGCUACGGAGAUGUUUACAGGGCCACUCAUAAAGGAGAAGAAAUUGCCGUGAAGAAGCUCCAUCAAUUGCACGGACUCGAUGAUAAGCAGUUCCAUGCCGAAUACCGUAACCUUCGUGAGGUACGCCACCAAAACGUUGUUCGGCUAAUUGGCUACUGCUACGAGACUCGGAAGAAAUACAUGGAGCACAAUGGGGAGCUUGUCUUCGCUAACGUUAUGGAGCGAGUUCUCUGUUUCGAAUAUAUGCACGGCGGAAGCCUCGAUAAACACAUUCAAGAUAAAUCUUGUGGACUUGAGUGGCCCACAUGUUACAAGAUCAUUAAAGGUACUAGUGAGGGACUAAAUCACCUUCACAACUCCCAGGGAAAACAUAUUUACCAUCUAGACUUAAAGCCUGGAAAUAUUUUGUUGGAUGAAAGUAUGACGCCCAAAAUUGGAGAUCUUGGUUUGUCACGACUCGUUGCUUCAACAAAAACGCGACAAACAGAGAUGCGCGAUGGAACAGUCGGGUUCGUGCCACCGGAGUACAUAAACGGUGGCUUUAUAUCAAAGAAGUUUGAUGUGUUCAGUUUGGGCGUCAUAAUUAUAAAAAUAUUGGCCGGGGAGAAGAACUACAUCCGGUGUUCCGAAAUGCCCCCGGAACAGUUUAUCCAGCUUGUCAGUGAAAACUGGACGAAAAAGUUGCAGGAAAAGGCAGGACAUUCCUCACACGAGAUAGACAUCCUAGGAGUGACGUCAUGUGUUGGGAUUGCACUGAGGUGUGUGGACGAGGACAGAAACAAAAGGCCAUGUAUCAAGGACAUCGUCCAUGAACUGGAUCAACUGGAAGCUAAGCUUAAAGCAAUGUCACUAGCUUCUGAUGUGUCAAAAGACCUCACUGCUGGCCAGAGAAGCUGUGACACCAACAUUCUGUCCGUGGAUCCGACCAUGGAGCUGCGGUUCCCCUUUGAGCAAGGGAAGGAGGCAUCGUGCUGCCUGCAGCUGACCAACAAGACGGGUGGCUUCAUUGCAUUCAACAUAGAGAUCAACCCGAACAAGUACCGUGUGCGGCCAAGCCAAGGGACCAUGCCGCCAUGCUCCAGGCGUUAUGUUGUCGUGACGCUGUCAGCGCAAGAGGCGGCGCCGCAAUACAUGCGAUGCGAGGACAUGCUCCUCGUGCAGAGCACCAACAUCACCCAAGAUCUGGGUGAGAUGAAUUAUCAAGUAUUGUUCGAGGCAGCCAUGGCAAGUAAGGUGGUUGAUGUGGUGCAGCUGCCGAUCGUUUAUGUUACACUGGACCAGUAGCCUCCACCAAGAACCAGGAGUGCCUCUGGUGGCAGAGCGAUGUGUUGGUAAAUUCAGAUAAAUGUUGAGUUGUUGUUUGGGAAAAGGUGUUGUUUUGAGGUCUGUUUAAUUGUAUGUUCUUCGAUUAUGUUGACUUUGAUUAGCUACUGAAAA